AUGUGCACGGGCGCUUCCUGUAUAUAUCCGUUAUUAGGAAGUAAACUCUUUGGCUGGCAUUUUCGAGCCAGUGACAGGUGCGCAAAGCUUGCUUUAAAAAACGUCACGGCAAACAAGCUUGAAAACCGCAUCUCACUAGUUCUUGUAGAUGAAGACGAUCCUCCCUUAUUAAAACUCGUCGACCAGGCGAACAGAUAUCACUUUUGUGUGUGCAAUCCGCCUUUUUUUAACAGCAAAGAAGAGCAGGAAUCGACGCAUCUGCGCCAAACAAAGCCGCUCUCUGACAACCCGGGAAAAGAACAUGAAGCCGUGACUCGAGGCGGCGAACUUGAAUUUAUAGAAAAGCUAUUACAGGAUAGUUUGACCUUAAAGAAAACAAUUAUUUGGUACACGUCGCUAGUCGGCAAGAAGCGCAGCUUCCUAAGCAUUGUAAAACGACUAAAAGGACUGAGAGAAGUAACCACCAUAAAAUGGACCCAGUUUACCCAAGGAAAAACCACACGAUGGGCUGUGGCGUGGUCAUUUUAUGCCAUCUAUAUUGACGAGGAGCGAAUGCAAACAGCUCCAACUGCGCUGCCGGCUAAGCGCUUUAAGAGUACCAGCGAAGAGAAUAAAGAAGUCUUGAAGACCACCCAGCUCUUGCUUAGUGUUGCGAGCGGACACAAGGAAGAAUUAUUGGACGACGUGCGCUCUAUAUUUAAAGAAUAUGAACUGAAAUAUAAUUUGGAGAGCGCCCUGCUGCAGCUUUUUAAGGUGGAGGCCCGCACCUGCACGUGGAGUAGGAGAGCCCGUAGAAAGAAGAAAAGACUCUCCGACUUUCCCAGCGAGCCGAAGGGGCUGCCGCCUUCAGACUUUCCCAUCUUUAUUGCAUUAUUUCAAAUUCUUCGUGGCGACGACAAGUCGCUGGCCCGUCCUCUGCAAGUGACCUUGUGGAUAACGCUGUUAAGAGGCGAUUUCGGGAAGUUUGUCAGUUUUGAGCUGCACUUCGCUCGGGCAUUGGAAAAGUUUGGUAAGUAUAAAGUUUUAAAUUACAAUGUGUAUGGGAGGAGUUUAACUCCUAUAAAAAGCGACUUGCGUUAA